CAGGGGUUGAGCCCCGUGGUCCCGGGUGGCCGUGUCCACGUCCUCUUUCCCUUUAUCCUUUGGCCGCGGCCUUGCACUGUGGCGGCGAACUCUGCGCUCGGGAGUUCGGGGAGAAGCUCGUGCCCGCGGCGCGGCACCCGGAGGCCUCGCGCGUCGGCUCUGGAGCGUCAGGGAGCUUGUCAGUCAGGUCCUCAGGCCGGUCCGCGCUGGCUGGCGCCGCCCGCGGUGGAAUUCUCUGGCGAUCACGCCUUCCCGGCUGGAGGAGGACGCUCGGCGGCGUGUCGCCAGCGCUGUUGCAGCCCGGAAAGAUGAAGAAAACCCUGCGGGAUGAGAUUGAAGCCAUUCUUCGGAAGAGGAUUAUGGUGCUAGAUGGUGGAAUGGGGACCAUGAUCCAGCGGUACAAACUGAGUGAAGAAAAUUUUCAAGGUCAAGAAUUUAAAGAUCACUUGAGGCCCCUGAAAGGCAACAAUGACAUCUUAAGUAUAACUCAACCUGAUGUCAUUUACCAAAUUCAUAAGGAAUACUUGCUGGCUGGAGCAGAUAUCAUUGAAACAAACACGUUCAGCAGCACUAGUAUCGCCCAGGCUGACUAUGGCCUUGAACACUUGGUUUAG